AUGGACAAGUCAUUCCAGAGGUUCUCCCGUCCGAAAUACGACAUGCUAUCAUGUCGAGCCUUCCGCCAGUACUCAUCAACACCCUGGCUCUUUACACGUUAUCUGUCGGAAUGCAAGGUUCCUAAACAGUGGAAGACCAGCAAGACUGUGUUGUUGUAUAAAAAGGGAGAUCCACAUGACAUCGGCAACUAUCGCCCAAUCUGCCUACUGUCCGUCAUCUAUAAGCUCUUUACAAGAGUGAUCCUUAAUAGGAUUGAAAAAGUCUUGGAUGAAGGACAGCCAUGCGAGCAAGCAGGGUUUCGAAAAGGAUUCAGCACGAUUGACCACAUUCACACUGUUUCGAAACUCAUCGAGGUAUCACGAGAGUACAAGAUGCCGCUCUGUCUCACCUUCAUCGACUUAAAGAAGGCUUUCGACUCGGUUGAGACGGAAGCGGUCGUGGAAGCCUUGGACAACCAAGGCGUCCCUACUCAGUAUAUUAAGGUACUUCGAGAGUUGUACAGUAACUUCACGACCGGAAUUUCGCCAUUCUACAAGAACAUCAUCAUUGACGUGAAGAGGGGGGUCCGACAGGGUGAUACAAUUUCACCCAAAAUAUUCACAGCCACCCUCGAGAACGCAAUGCGAAAGUUGGAAUGGGACGACAUGGGAGUGAAGGUUGAUGGUCGGCAGCUACACCAUUUGCGCUUUGCUGAUGACAUCGUACUGGUAACACCUAGCAUCAGCCAAGCGGAACGAAUGCUGACCGAAUUCGACGAAACAUGUGGAUGCAUCGGUCUUCUGCUGAAUCUACAAAAGACGAUGUUCAUGCGGAACGGAUGGGUCUCGGAUGCCUCAUUCACGCUCAACGGAACGAACAUAUCUGAAGGCACCAGCUACGUUUAUCUGGGUCGGGAACUGAACAUGAUGAACGACCUGACCCCCGAGCUGGGCAGGAGGAGACGAGCGGCUUGGGGAGCGUACAAGAGCAUCGAGGAUGUAGUGAAGAAGACCAGGAACACCCGGCUCCGUGCUCACCUCUUCAACACCACCGUACUUCCUGCUUUGACCUAUGCUUCAGAAACCUGGGCAUUUCGCAAGCAGGAAGAAAACGCGGUGAGCGUCAUUGAACGCGCAAUUGAGAGAGUGAUGCUAGGAGUAUCCCGUUCCACGCAAGUAGCCGUGAGCGACUGGGUUCCCCGCGAUAUUAAGCGCACUACAGGAAGACCGCCUACCCGAUGGUCAGAUUUCUUCACGAAGUCCUUCAAAGAAAAAUAUGAUGCUCUUCGUGUCCCACGCGAAAGGAGGAACCACUGGGCUACUCUGGCACGCGAUCGGGACAAAUGGAAGAAUUACUGGCGCCCGCUCGACCAGUUCGAAGAUCAACGGGAGUCAAGGUGA